AUGACAGCGCGCCCCUCGCCGCACCUGCCGCCCAGCCGCCGCUCCGAGCCGGCCUUCAGAGAGCAAAGAAGACAAAAAGUUGAAGAAUAUCUGUCAAGAAAAAAGACCUUUUCUGGUGUAUGCAUUCAAGAAAACCAGGCAUCUUUCAGCAGAAGCAGAACUGGGAAAGUAAUUAGCAAUAAACUGCAAGACAAAAUACAGGCCUUAAAAUCUGCAAAGCCAAAAAUGGAAGAUACAGAGAAUGCUGAUAAACUUUCCUGGGACCAGUCAAGCAGAACCUUAGAAGAAAAUGUUACUUCAAAGUCUUCUACAAUCAGUCUGGCAAAUUCCACACUGGGGACAGAGCUGACUUCCAAGGAUGAAGUCACUGAAAUAAAACCUCAACAUGUAUCACUUAGCCAGUCUUUUUUGCAUGUCAGAAGCAUAAAAGAGAAACAACUGAUUGCAGAAAAGCAAAAUUCAAAUGUCAGGUUACCAAAGAAACCAUUGCCUGGUACAUAUCGUGGCAAAGUUAUCCAAUCCAAGAUAAACUCCUUCCGAAAACCACCCAAAAGUGAGGAGGGGGAAAGUUCUUUGCCAGACAAGAAGCCUCUUAUUUCUGCCACCAAACCAUCUGUGAGAUCUCUUUCCACAAGCAACUGCAAUGUAGUUAUGAAGACCAUCCAAGCUGCAAACUCCCCUAAUUCUGUAAAAUCAAAGGGUGUCCUGCCAUUCCAGAAUAAACCAGCUAUCAAAGCUAUUAACUCAGAGUCCACUCUGAACAAGCAACAGUCGACAUCUGCUAUAUCACUAACAAAAGUAACAAGCCAGAAGAUGAUUGGACCAGUGCCACGGAGGGCUGCUUCUAACAACUCUGACAAGAAAACAUUAGCAGUGAAGAAAUUUGCAGAUUCUUGUGAAGAUGCAAGACCAGAAGCUACAGCAAAAGCAAUUUCUGCUGUUCCUGUUACCAAGUCAGGACAGGAUUCUAAAGCUAUUGGCAACAGAAAAUCUGUUCUGCCAAAAGAGUCAGCAGAAGAGAGAAGAGUUCGCCUGGCUGAAUGGAGGGCGUCCAAAGGAAAAGUGAUGAAAAGACCACCUCCAUCUGUGUUUCUGAGAGCCCAGACUAAAGGCGAAGCACAGGAAUUCUCUUCUAAUGAUUCUUUAGAGCAUUUAUUACAUAGUGAAAAAGUCAACAAGACUCUCUCAGAAUGUCUGCACUUAACUGAACAGCAAUGUCAGAGGGACAAAAUACGUGCCAUGUUGGACGACCUGAUAAAGAAUAUUCCUGGGGUUAAAAAGCUUGCAAAGUAUUGGAUCUGUUGUAUGCGUCUUGACCAGAUGGGCCCUCUCGAAAAGCUCAUUGUUGUCUACGAGGAAGCCAUUUUGGCAGGAGCCAUGCCUAAGGAUGAACUACGACACACACUAAUAGAUAUUAUGAAAAAUACUGAAAGCCUGUUUAAGUCUGAGGAUGGGGGAGCUACGAUAGAAGCUCAUUUAAGUGAGAUAGCAGAAGUCAGCAAAGAAACUAAUUCAUUUGCAGAGCAAGUUCAGGAGGUCUUCAAGGAUCUCAACUCAAAUCAGGACCAGAAAGCAGAGAGAGAUGAGGCAGAGACUAACAAUGAAGUGAUAAAAAAUGAAGAAAUGGAUUUAGACUUGAAACCAAGAGAAGAGAUCUUGCCAAAGAAGAUUAAAAAGCACAAAACUAAAGAUCGUAUAAAGAAGUUGGGAAAAUGUGAAGCAGAAGAGCGUAAUGAAGACAGGGUAAAAGAUGUAACCCAAGCACUUAAUUCUCCUGGUAAGGAGAAUGAUACAUCUUACUUAAUGAAAUGCAAUCUAUCUACAACUCCAUACUUGCAAAGUAUGAAGAAGCACCAUGAGGCAAGUGACUCCAAUGCUAAAGACCUGAAAAUUGUAACCCCUUUGCGAUAUUCUCAACGUAUACGGGAGAGGAUGUGCAAGUUGUCAGAUACUGUUAAGGAUCACGAUCUCUCUGUGUCUUCACUUGAACAGCUGGGAGAACUGGAAUCAAAACUCACUGCAUGUAUCCACAAACAGAGCAAUGCACCAAAAGAAACAAAUAUUGAUGUAGAAGAGUAAAAGCAAUAAUAAUCCAACAGGGGAGGGAGAGAGUUGGAUCCUUUUUAAAGAGGGGUUUUGGGGGUUUUGGUUUUUUUUUAAACAACUUUGAGAAAGGUCCUAUCCAAAAUUUGCAAGCAUGGAUUAAAGGUCAAAUUUGACUACUUGUGUCACUAAACUUUUAAACUCAUAAAUUUAUGUAUGUUCUCAGACUC